AUGAGCUGCUCGCAAUCAUUCAUCGGUAUAAACUAUGGCCAAGUUGCGGACAACCUUCCACCACCACCAUCCACCGCAAAGCUUCUUCAAUCCACUUCAAUCCAAAAGGUCCGAUUAUAUGGAUCGGACCCCGCCAUAAUCAAAGCCUUAGCCAACACCGGAAUUGGAAUUGUUAUCGGCACUGCAAAUGGUGACAUUCCAGGACUAGACUCUGAUCCCAAUUUUGCCAAGAGCUGGAUCAACACAAAGAAUGCUCUAAAUGAUGCAUCGUUCGGGGGUAAAAUUAAGGUCUCCACAGUUCAUCCGAUGGGAGUGCUUAAGCAGUCUGAGCCACCUUCUUCUGGAAGCUUUGAUCCAAGUUAUGGGGAUCUGAUGAAGGGCUUGUUGGAGUUUAAUAGUGCGAAUGGUUCGCCUUUCGCAAUCAAUCCCUACCCUUACUUUGCCUCCAGAAGCCAUACAAGGCCUGACACUCUUGCUUUUUGCCUUUUCCAGCCGAUUGCAGGACGAAUGGAUGGAAACACUAAGAUCAAGUACAUGAACAUGUUCGAUGCUCAGGAUGCAGUUUAUUCUGCACUGAAUUCUAUGGGAUUUAAGAAUGUUGAGAUUGUGGUGGCUGAGACUGGAUGGCCAUAUAAAGGAGAUGACAACCAAGUAGGGCCAAGCAUUGAGAAUGCCAAGGCUUACAAUGGCAAUUUGAUUGCACACCUUCAAUCGAUGGUGGGCACUCCACUCAUGCCAGGAAAAUCAUUCGAUACAUACCUCUUUGCUCUUUAUGAUGAAGACUUGAAACCUAGACCUGGUUCUGAGCAUAAUAGAACUGGUCUCACCAUGGUUUAUGAUGUUGGACUCUCUACAAGUAGCCAGUUGAUCUUAAAGAUCUAUCAUUGCAUAAUAGAACUCCUAAAUACUCACAUUUUUCUGGUGAAGAGGUCAUAUGUCAUUCUUUAA